GUGACCAAAGGAUGCGGAAGUUUUGACCUGGAAGACUUGUGCAGUUUCUUCAGUCUGUGAUGCGAGGAAAGAACAUCGUCUUGUUUUAAAAUUUAGGGCUCGACUCUCUAAAUGGGCAGGAUGACUCAGAAGUACCACCUGGAGGGCCAGGUCUAUUCUGUGCCACUGAUCCAGCAGGACCUGAGGAGGGAAGAGGCCAUGCACCAGAUCACUGAUGCCCUGCAGUACCUGGAGAACAUCUCCACAGAUAUCUUCAGCAGGGUGUCUCAGAGUGUGGAGAGGAACCGUGCUCACCUUCAGGCCGUCACUGACCGCAUUAAACUAGCCCAAGCACGAGUCCACAAGAUUAAAGGAAGCAAGAAAGCCACGAAGGUGUUUUCCAGUGCGAAAUACCCCGCUCCUGAGAAACUCCAGGAUUAUUCAUCCAUAUUUAUGGGUGCGGUAGAUCCAGCAUCUCAAAAACGACCUCGCUACAAAGUUCAGGGCAAGCUCCGCCCCCUGGAUGACAAGGCCUUACAGGAGAAGCUGAUGUAUUUUCCAGUGUGUGUGAACACUAAGAAGCGCUCAGAGGAUGAGACCGAGGAAGGGCUGGGGAGUCUGCCAAGAAACAUUAGCUCCGUCAGCUCUCUGCUGCUGUUUAACACUACAGAGAACCUGUAUAAGAAGUACGUGUUCCUGGAUCCUCUGGCGGGAGUCGUCACUAAAACUCACAACACACUAGAGACGGAGAAGGAGGAAAAGCCGUUUGACGCGCCGCUGUCUAUCACUAAGCGAGAGCAACUCGAGAGACAGACUGCAGAAAAUUAUUUCUACGUGCCGGACCUGGGGCAAGUGCCCGAGAUCGAUGUGCCCUCUUAUCUGCCCGACCUGCCUGGAAUCGCCGAUGACCUUAUGUACAGCGCUGACCUCGGCCCAGGCUUCGCCCCUUCUGGUGCGGUCAGUGCGGCCAUACCAGAGCUGCCUUCUUUUGGCACAGAACAUGAGGAAGGCUCCCAGUUUCGAUCCGAGGCUCCUCCUCCACCUCCGCCCCCACCUCCUCCACCCCCUCCUCCUGAGUCUCCUCAGGUUGCAGCUCCUCCCCCUGGAGCUCCUCCAGCCCCGCCACCUCCCCCUCCACCGCCUCCAGCUGUUCCAGAUGUCACAGGUGGUGGAGGUGUAGCCAGUCAGGCCACAGGUGCAGUAAAAGGAGCCCCUACAGACGUCCUGCAGCCGUCAGAUGGCCGAGCCAACUUGCUCGAGUCUAUUCGUAACGCUGGCGGCAUCGGCAAAGCCAAACUGCGCAACGUUAAAGAGCGAAAGAUGGAGAAGAAGAAACAGAAGGAACAGGAGCAAGUUGGAGCAGCAGCCAGUGGAGGAGACUUCAUGUCUGAUCUGUUUAAUAAAUUGGCCAUGCGGAGGAAAGGCAUCUCGGGUAAAGUCCCAGGAGGCGGAGACUCCGCAGAACCGCCCGGGAGCUCCGGCAGCGCUUUCGCCAGAAUGUCGGACGUGAUCCCGCCCCUUCCUGCUCCCCAACAGCCAACCGCAGAGGAUGAUGACGACUGGGAGGCGUAGCCAAGACAGACCAUUUAUGAAUGACUCUUUAAGAACUGAAAGCACAGAUGGACCUUUCUGAAACCAUGGCAGCGCAACAGACGCGGAUUGGACAAGGUCAUGUUAAAAUAAGUUCCGAGCUUUUUUAACGGUCGUUUGCUAAAAUACAGAUCAGAUUACAUGCCUAGAUGAUGUAGGGAAACUCUGUGUAUAUGUAAUCUCAUCCUUUUAGCAGAUUAUUGGGACUUUAUGCCAUGUGACGAUUUAUAAAACGGAAUAUUCAUGCGAGUCAAUUCUCCUGUAACGGACAAAGAAAAACCUUUUAUAAAAUGUCAGUGGCGCGUUCCUUCACUCGGUAGUACCGUGUAUAGCACCUGAGAGGUUGUCUCAUUGACUCUGUGCUACUUAGGAACUUUCUUAGAAGAGGAUACUAUUCCUAAACUCACAGUGAAAUUCACUGCACUUAACAACAUUGUUGUAUUAUGUUAACUAUGACUUUUUUUUUUAGCUCGGUCAGUUUCCCAGUAACCGAAACGUGGGACUGGGCAGAAAACUGGACCAGCUCAUGGAUUUAUAAUUUAUCCAUCCCUGCAUAUGAAAAGAUAAAAUAUUCAUAGAAAAGAAACUUGUGAAAUCUUAUUCAGUAUUCAGUAAAAUCUGGGCAGCUGAACAGCAACGUGUGUAAUGUGUGUAAUUACUUUCUUUACGCACUGAUUAUUUUCUACCAUCUGCUGGGGAAAACACACGGCCCAGGCACACGGUGUGCAGGAAAGCCUUAAAUGAAGUUCUGAAAAACCAUCAGAGAGAGAGAAAAAAAAAAUCAUACAUGUGAGAGGUUAUCGUGUACAAAUCUCGCGUUUCUCUCGUUAUAUCGACUUUAUUCACAUUAAACCGUAACAGUCUCGCGUGAACACGUGAGUACAACACGGCUGAACGAAACAGACUGGUUAACAGUAAUGUUAAUUAUUGACGUAGGUUUUACAGGAUUACACAACUACACGCACACUGGUUUUAAAAACAACAACAACAAACCCUUGCAUUCGGACGGCGAUGUAGAACUGAGGUCACGUGGCGUUCUGCUCACUGCUGUGUUCGUCGCUUCUCCAGGAAAAACUGCACAAUCAGACAGAAAUACAGACGCACUCAGAUCUAAUCUACAGACAUGUGGUGUACAGAUAGACACGAUCGGCUUCUGUCGUAGGACAGCAGCUACAAACAUGCAUGCGGAUCGGGGUUCAGUAGAUGAAAUGGAUGUAGGUAUGUAGAAUUAUGUUAAAAAAAACAAAAAAAAACAACAACCCAAAGUUGAUGUUUAGAAGUUCAGAAGAUUGUGCCUUGAUAUUUAUCUGGAAAUUUAACCAAGUGUCGCUGUUAUUUUAAAUCAAGUAGCUUAGGGAAUAAAACACGUGGAGGUGUGCUGUUAUUCGCAACAUUGAUUAUUUUCCUGUAAACAGCAUGUUCUGAAGUAUUUUAUUCCCUUUUAUACCACA